AAGAUUUUACGUUUUACAAGGAUUGUUUUGUGUUCGAGAGAUACUUAAAAACCAUUGGAUUGUUUUUAUAUUUAAAAACGAUAGAAAUAAAAGGAAGAAAAAGGAGAAAGAAAAGGAAAAGGAAAAGAAAAAAGAAGAGAGAGAGAGAGAGAGAGAGAGAGAGAGAGAGAGAGAGAGUGCGCGGGCGGGAGCGCGCGCGUGUUUGUGUGUGUGUACGCACGAUCAGCGCGAUCAGAACGAUCAGAACGAUCAGAGCGAUCAGAGCGAUCAGAGCGAACGAACGAACGAACGAACGAACGAGCGAGCGAGCGAGUGAUCGCGCCGCGCGCGUUCCUCCAUAGUGUUGUCUAUCUCUCUCUCUCUGUGUGUGUACAGAUCGAGAGCAAUCGGAGGAAGUUCAAGGACGAAGACUCGGUAGUGUCUUUCAAUCUAAAGCUUGCAAGUGUGUUUUUCAUUUUCUUUCUCUCUCUCUUACAUAGUUACACACAUACACACACACACACACACACACACAUAUAUAUAUAUAUAUAUACAUAAAUACAUGGACAUAUUCAAGCAUCGCAAACAAAUACAAGACAAUUUGUCGUAAUCGUAUCUUCUUAUAAUAAACUCUGUGAAUAGAAAAACGGAAGAAAGAAAACGAAAAGGAAAAAGUGUCUCGGAACUGUUACAAAUAUCGUUCGUUGAUAAUUUCUAACGAACGUUCGUAUAAUCUAAAAAUAAGUAUAAUAUAUGUACGUUGGAUAGAUUAAAGGAGCCGAUUAUUAUUCGGGUAAAUAAAUGUGUGAGUGAAAUAAACGUGAAUGACGAGCUGCGCUAUGGAGUACCAACAAUUGGCACCACCGCCGGUACCAACAGGGGUGCUGCAUCAGACGCAUCAUCCACAGGCCCAACAUCAACCACCACCCCAUCCACCACAUCCUCAUAUUGUUGUUGCUCCUGCACAUCAACAACAACAACAACAACAACAACAACAGCAGCAGCAGCAGCAACAACAGCAAGGACAAAAUCAACAGCAACAACAACAGCAACAACAAUCUUUACCACCGACCACUCAUGGUCAUCAGGUUCAUGGACCUUUACCACCGAUUCACGACGACAGUACCAGCUCACGUUGGACACAGUAUCAGCAUCUAUGGCGACAGCAUCAUGUCUAUAUGAACGGGAAGCAAGGGAAAGAUGGACCGGAAGAAAAGAAGGAUGCCGACGGAGAGCUUUGGGGCAACGUGGAAGCGCAGGCCGCCUUCCUUGGGCCCAAUUUAUGGGACAAAACUUUGCCCUACGAUGCCGACCUGAAGUACGUGGACCUGGACGAGUUCCUCUCCGAAAACGGCAUCCCUGUUGAUGGAGUAGCCGGUGGUGGGCAAGGAACGAUGCAGAGCGCACAGUUACACAAGAUCAACAGCACCGAAGCGGCAAGUCAUCAGGGACCAGCCGGUCUUCAUCUCGAACCGGUCACCAAACGCGAAAGGUCACCCUCGCCGAGCGAGUGUUGCUCACCUGACACCUUAAAUCCACCUUCACCAGCGGACUCCAAUUCGGAGGACUCGUCACGAAUACAAUAUGGCUUCUCUCUUGUAGCGCUCUCGAUGGCCUCAUCGGGCCGAGAUUUCGAUCCACGAACUCGGGCCUUUUCCGACGAGGAACUAAAGCCACAGCCAAUGAUCAAGAAGUCACGGAAACAGUUCGUUCCGGAUGACUUGAAGGAUGACAAAUACUGGGCGCGUCGUAGGAAGAACAACAUGGCGGCGAAACGAUCACGAGACGCACGACGCAUGAAGGAGAACCAGAUAGCUCUCAGGGCCGGCUUCCUCGAGAAAGAGAAUAUGGGUCUACGACAAGAAUUGGAUCGAUUAAAGAACGAAAAUAUGUUGCUGCGUGACAAGCUGAGCAAGUAUACGGACGUCUAACAGCCCUUUUAAAAAGCACCAGCAGCAACAACAGCGGCAGGAGCAGAAGCAAAAGCAAAAGAGCAGCAAGACCAGCAGUAGCGGCAGCGAUAGCGGCGACGGCGGCAGCAACAGCAGCAGCGGCAGCAGCAGCAGCAGCAGCAGCAGCAGCAGCAGCAGCAAAAGAACAGCAGCAGCAACAACUGCAGCAACUGCAGCAAGACGAUGACGACGACGACGACGAUAAGACGGACGGAGAUACAGACACGAGAGAAUUGAGCAGCGUGUGUCAUGUACCGGCUCCUCCCUCACUUUAUAGUCGCAAAACUUAGAUUUCGCCUCCUCCGAUAGAAGAGAAGAGAUGAAAAAAAAAAGAAAAAAAAAACAAAAAAUGAAGAAGAAAAAAAGAAAGGAAGGAAGGAAGGAAGAAAAGGAAGGAA